CAUCAGUCAGCAGAUCUGCCUCAGGACGACGCUGUCCCCUCAGAACUUGCUACCGUCCAUCACUGUAAAGUGCUCCACUCUUCUUGGCGGCGUCGCUCGAUAUGGCAAUCUCCUUCGAGCCGCAACGGCGGCUCUCUGGCUGGCAGCGAGUUGCCUAUGCGGUGUCCUUGACACUCUCUUGGAUUCUCCAGAGGACGCCAUUUAGCGUGCACUGCUGCAUCGUCUUGCUUGCUGCCCUUGGCCCCAUCUUCGCUCCGCACCUCAUUGCUCUCCUCAUCGUCCUGAUUCACGUCGUCUUUGUCAUUUGCCAAAGUCGCACUGCUUGGGGAGUCUGGUGCGGCUGGAGGGGUGUACUCCGGCAUUCUCGUAGAGAUUGGCGUCAAUACCACGCCGAUGAGCGCCAAAAGCUCGACAAGAAUGGCUCUGGCGAUCAUGUGCUCGAAAUCGACGAUGUGCAGCACAUCAUCAUCCUUCCGGCCUACAAGGAGACCGUAGAGACUCUGAGAGAGGUGAGUGAGCUGUCUUCAUCGCGAGGCGCGCAAAGGAACACCUGCAAAAAUCAGGGGACCUGACAGAGUGAUUGCCUUUUAUCAGACACUUGAUGUGCUCGCCUCCCACCCCAUGGCUUCAGCCUGCUACCACGUCUGCUUGGGCAUGGAAGAGCGCGAGGCUGGCGCAGCCGCAAAGGCAAACAAGCUUCUGAGUCAGUACCGACUCAAUCGCGCUUUUGCCACCGCCGCCUUCUCUCUGCACCCCGGCAACAUCCUGGGCGAGAGUGCGGGAAAAGCGUGAGUGUUGCCGGAUAUGU